AUGACUUCAAGUGGGGAGGCAGGUCUGGCCAUGAGCCUGGUCAGUGAGGUGACCUGCCCUCUGUGCUCCACCCUCUACGAUGACCCAGUCCGACUAGACUGUGAACACAACUACUGCAGAAAGUGCAUCAUAAAGUACUGGAAUGAGGGAGAGACGACGGACGGGGAUGGUGACACCAAGGGUUACACUUGCCCUUUGUGCUGUGAAAUCUUUCCUCAGUUUACAUUAAAAAGCAACAAACUUCUUGCCUCCAUAGUGGGCCGAGUUCGUGAUUUAGGGUUACAGAACUUCAAGAGCCCGAUACAGGAGAGCAAGAAGAGCUCCAAGAAUGUCUUGGGGCAGGAUGGGAACACAGAGCUAGGAAAAGGGCUGUGUCCAGUGCACGGAGAGCCGCUGAAGAUGUUCUGUGUGGAGGAGAAGAUGGCCAUAUGUGUGGUGUGCGCUGUUUCCAAGGAGCACCGUGCUCACUGCUUGGCCCCCAUGGAGGAGAUACUGACACAGUGUGAGGAAAACUUCCAGGCAGCUGUGAGACAUUUUGACGAAAAGAUGGGUAAAAUUGAGACGAUCUGCAAGAAGAAUGAAGAAGAAAUCCAAGAAAUAAAGAAUGAGUCACUUUCCCUUCACGCCCACAUUGUGCGGGAGACUGAUUGUUUGCUGCAGUGUGUUCAGAGGGAGAGGGAAAGGCUUUGCUCUGAACUUCACGACGACACGCAGAGGCUGCUGGCCCUCAAGCAGAAAACCUCCUCUGACCUUCUACAGCAAGGAGAAGUCCUGCAACAACAAGUGGCCUCACUCAGGAGGAGGGUGGGCCAGGAGGUACAAGAUCCCUCCGCUCUCAUCAAGGAUAUUCAAGAACUGACUGCGAGACUGAAAACAGAACCAGCAGCGCUUGAAGAUGAGGCUGCAGAUCGUUUUGACCUGGGUGUGUACAGGGGGCCACUUCAGUAUGCUGUGUGGAAGAAAUUAGCUGAGGUCAUCCAGCCAGCCCUCUGUACUUUGAACUUUGACCCAGCCACUGCAAACACAUUCCUGUCUCUCUCUGAGGACCUGACCACUGCCCAGUACUCCUACUCCCCGAAGGAUGGGCUGUCCAUAGGAGAAGCCUGCUUUGAAUUCAGCCCCUGUGUUUUGGCCAGUCGUGGUUUCUCCUCAGGCCGCCACUACUGGGAGGUGGAUGUUGGAGACAAGUCCGACUGGGAUCUGGGCGUAGCGGAGGAAACAGCAGAAAGGGCAGGGUGGGUUGUGCUGUGCCCGGAAAAUGGCUACUGGACCGUGGGGAAUAAAGAUGCCAGGAAGGUUGGGGUGUACCUUGAUUAUGAGGCUGGGCAGGUGUCUUUCUACAACGCAGCAGAUAUGACCCCCUUAUUCUCCUAUGUGGGAGCCAGUUUCAAAGAGACAUUAUACCCCUUCUUUUACCCCAGUGCAGACUCCAAAGCUGAGCCACUCAAGAUACUCAAUCCAAGAUUUUAAAAGAUGAAAAUUACUUAAUCACAAUGUUAGCUAAAG